GUUGACAAAACUCCCACAAUGCAUUGCGAUUUUCACCUGAGAUAAACUGGACCACAUUCGCUGCAGAUCUGAGAGAGAAUAGCUUGAAAUACAACUUUUUUUAUUGUUCAUCUGAUAUUUCCGUGAUCUGUUGGUCCUAUUCGGCGUCCGUGUGGUGAUACUCAGGGACUGGCGAUCUUUUGUCUCCAACCUCCCAGCCUGUGGCUGUGGGAUCAGGACUUCGGGUUAAGAUGGAUCCAGAAUAUGAACAUCGCCUCCUCCGACAAAUCAACAUUCAAAAUGACAACUUGAGCCCUGUUAAACAGACACCGAGUCUGCACAGUCGGACACCCACCGGCUCGCCGUUAUCUUCUCCCAGUAAGCUUGGAGACAGAUUCAUUCCAACCAGAGCUGGGGCGAACUGGAGUAUCAACUUCCACAGGAUCAAUGAAAAUGAGAAGUCACCAAGUCAGAACAGAAAAACCAAGGAUGCCUCCUCUGAUAACCUGAAAGCAGACGGGCAGGCCUACUCUGCUCUGCUGAAGAAUGAGCUGCUGGGAGCAGGAAUAGAAAAGAUCCAGGACCCUCAGACAGAGGACAGGCGUCUACAGCCAUCAACGCCAGAAAAGAGAAGUCUCUUCAAUUAUUCACUCAAUACCAAGAGGUCGUCACCAGACGAUGGCACCAACAUCUCCCCCUACUCUCUAUCACCUGUCAGCAACAAAAGUCAGAAAUUGCUACGUUCGCCAAGAAAGCCAACUCGUAAGAUCUCAAAGAUCCCCUUUAAAGUCCUGGAUGCUCCAGAGCUGCAGGAUGACUUUUACCUCAACUUGGUGGACUGGUCGUCUCUCAACGUGCUCAGUGUCGGGCUGGGUACAUGUGUUUACCUGUGGAGUGCAUGCACCAGCCAGGUAACAAGGUUGUGUGAUUUAUCAGUGGAGGGAGACUCAGUCACGUCAGUUGGGUGGUCCGAAAGGGGUAACCUGGUGGCAGUGGGGACUCACAAAGGCUAUGUUCAGAUCUGGGACGCUGGUGCUGGGAAGAAGCUCUUUGCCCUGGAAGGACACACAGCUAGAGUUGGGGCGUUAGCAUGGAAUGCAGACCAGUUGUCUUCGGGAAGCCGUGAUCGUAUGAUUCUUCAAAGGGAUAUGCGAACCCCUCCGCUCCAGUCAGAGAGACGGCUGCAGGGUCACAGACAGGAAGUGUGUGGCCUAAAGUGGAGCACUGACCAUCAGCUGCUCGCUUCUGGAGGCAAUGACAACAAGCUGCUGGUUUGGAACCACUCCUCGCUGAGCCCAGUGCAAACAUACACGGAUCACCUGGCUGCAGUGAAAGCCAUCGCCUGGUCUCCCCACCAGCACGGCCUGCUGGCCUCUGGGGGCGGCACCGCUGAUCGCUGCAUCCGAUUUUGGAACACCCUGACCUCACAGCCGCUGCAGUGUAUGGACACCGGCUCUCAAGUCUGCAACCUGGCCUGGUCCAAACAUGCUAAUGAGCUAGUGAGCACCCAUGGCUACUCUCAGAACCAGAUCCUGGUGUGGAAAUAUCCAGCUCUCACUCAGGUUGCCAAACUCACAGGACAUUCGUAUAGAGUGCUCUACCUGGCAAUGUCCCCGGAUGGUGAGGCCAUUGUGACGGGAGCUGGAGAUGAGACUCUACGCUUCUGGAACGUAUUCAGUAAAACAAGGUCAACUAAGGAAUCUGUAUCAGUUUUAAAUCUCUUCACCAGGAUACGGUAACUUAAAGAAAAAUUAAAACUCUAAAACAAGCACCUUGUGACAUUUUUUCACAGAGGAAAUGUCAGCGAGAGCAACUGAGCACUUUUUUUUCCAUGCCAACAAUUGUUUGGUCAAUUCUUUUUGACUUUUGUGCUCUUAUGAAUGUAGUCAUUUUUAUAAAAAAAAAUGUAUCGGAUUUCCAUUUUUUAUUUAGAACAAGAAAAGAUUGGCAUUACUUAAAAAAAUGUGUUGUGGAAUCUGAAAUGUGCAGAGAGCCUUUUUAGUUUUUGUUAAACUCAGGUCUUAUUUAUUUAACACUGCAGUGAAAGCCAUCGCAGUGAGUUACAAUGGGGGGGAAAAAAAACGACAUUACAUAUUAUGACAUACAUACAACAUAAAAUCCUUAACAUAAUCACCUACUAUGGCCUUUACAAUAUGUGCACCAUGUUUACUGUGAUCCUUUGUGUGCUAAGGUUGAGAGUGGUUGGAUGAUAUAAUGCAGUUCUGCUCCUGUGGACAGAAAGUCUAAUGCUGCGCAUCUAGACAUGUACUA